GUUCCAUUGUGCAACUACUCAUCGAAUGGAUCAGUUGUAGAAACCGUGAGACUCAUAAGACACCUACUUAGUAGUAAUAUCUCCCGGUGACCCUUCGUUCACCCCGCCAAAAAAAUCACCGGGAGUAAAUAUCCCUGUCACAGCAACCAUCGCGUCUUCCAGCGCAAACAUCAACAACUUCAAUUUACUACAUAUCAAGCCCACAAACUCUCUCAACCCCAGAACCCCAGUUUUGCCUUCAACCAAUCCACUCGCAGCAUCCACAAUAAUGAAUUCGCAAAACCCUUCCGUUCUUCUUUCCUCUUCCGUAGCUUCUCUACGAGCCUCUUUAAGUACCCUAGAUAACAGCAUUUCCAUCCUCGAUUCCGGCAUUUCUGAUUUUCCCCGUCUGAAAUCCGUUUUGAGUACCACCAGACACUUCGAACUCACCCCCUCCACCACCCUCCACGCAGCCCAACGUUCCCUCGCCGAAGAACUCGAGCCCGCCAUCGAAACGCUCCUCUCCCGCUCCGAAUCCCUCAUUUCCCGUCUCCAGCGCAAAGAAGAACAACUCAUCGCGCGCUCCCAGCUUCUCUCGGGACGUCUCGAAUCUUCCGAUUCCAUGUCCAAUCCCACCUCCAAAGCCAGCAAACUAAGUCGUAAGAAGAGCUGGGAAAUAGGGUUGAACAAAGGGAACAAAAGUCCCUUUGGAAAUGGAGGGGGCAAUGAAGAGAAAGCAAUGAGAUUAAAGGUUUUGAGGCAGAAGAAAGAGAGAUUGGGGUAUGCGGUGGAGAGAUUGGGAUUACAGAGUCAGCAGAGACAGAGACAGUUGAGGAUGAGUGUUGCGCCGCCGUCUUUUGAUGAUGAAUGAUUUACAGGUGUUAUGGAUGGGUAGAUGCAGAAAAGGGCUGGAAGAACACACCGUUGAUCGCAAGCUUUCUACUGCGCUACGAUGACACAGAUCAAAAAUUGGAUAUGAAUUGGGUUUGGAGAGCUGGUCCAUUGGAUCCUGUCAAUAUGCCAGAUCACUGUCCAAUGCCAUAACUUGAAUGGAAUUACCAUAAUCAGAUCUAAGCAAAGGACUUCAUGGCGAUUCAACUCGAGCCAUCAUAGGGACCAGAUACGAGAGUGCAGGCUAUGAAGGGG